ACUCAUCAUCCUAUACCCAUAACAUCAUGCAGGGAGAGAUGUACUGCUGGAUCGUCUUCCUCGACCGGGAUCCCAGCCAGGAGGAGUUCAAUAUAGCUUCUGGACUUUUGGACUCUACUACGAAGGAGAAGCUGCGCAAGAUGAAGGGUGACGGAGAGCCGCAGGAUGAACUGUUUCGCAUCAUGAUCUCUCGCAUAUUGCCAAUGUGGAUGCUCCGGAAUCGUGGAGUACUCAGAGGUAGCUGGAUCCUCAGCGAAACGCGGGAAGGAAAGCCCUACGUUGCCUCGCCAGUGCUCUCGCCCCAGCUUGCGUUCGACGUAGCAUACUCCAAUCACGCCGCAGGCAUCGUCUUCUCCGAAGUGGCCAACACGGUCCCCGAACGCAUCGGCAUCGACAUAAUGCAGCUCAUGCCCACCCCUCCAGAGCCGAACAUCCAGCCUUGGAUCCAGUCCUGCGCGCAUAUGGUCACCCCUCUCGAACGAUCCAUGAUCCACAACCAGCCCGAACAAGUUGCUUUCCGCCGGAUGACGGUGAUAUGGACGAUCAAGUACGCGUAUAUCAAAGCUCUGGGCAUCAGGCCAGAAAAGUUCAACUUCCUCACAAUGGAGUGCGACGUCCCACGCGGUGCGGUGCGCGUGGACAACGCCCCCCUCCUAGGCUGGGAGUUCAGGCUGUUUAAGGCCAGUGUCGGGAGCGCCGCGAGGGGGGAGAUGAAGCCCGAAGAGUACCAAGUCGCAUGCGCACUCUAUCACGGACCGACGGGACUGCCUACCCGAGUCAGCUUCGGCGAAGAGUACCUCAAAAUGGACCAGUGGAUCAAGUUUAUCAACCUGGAUGGGGUGAUGCAGUUCGUCCGAGAAAUGUACAAGGAAGAUCCGGCGGAGAGGAAGGCGAGGGCGAGGGCGGCAGCGAUGCCUGACGUGCAUGGCCCCGGGGCACAAACAAAUGCAGCCCGGUUUGUGCAGAGUCAGGCUGGGCACACGGCUGCACAUCGUUGAAUCGGAACUUGGCAGAUUGGGAGAAAACACGAAGAGCGGCGGCAAGAUGGACAAUCAAUCGUCUGUAUCAAUUGUACAGUAUAGUAUAUUUGCACGGAUACCUGGAAUAUGAACAUAAGCUUUU